UGCUUUCACCCAGCUGAUCUACGUCACAACAUAGCCUACUGUUUGUAUGGACAAUUACGUUUAUUUCUUUAUUGUUUUGGCCGCGGAUUUAGGAUCAACACAGACCACACGCGUCGAGUCAUAGUUUAUAACUGUCCAAGGCAGUCCUGAAUAAGCAUGAGCUAGUUUCCACUACGAGCUGAAUGCAGUUGUGUUGUUGACGCAGAGUGGUCACAUGUGUUUGAACUGAAGAUGGCGGACCACAGCUCAGGAACAUCGGAGCAGCACAGCAGUGAAGUUUCAGAAACGUUAGUGUCAUCUAAUGAAUUUCUCAAACCCCACAUGCAGGACAGCGAUGGACAUAGAGCAAACAGUCCAGAGGAGUCGCUUUGUCCUGCCUCGGUGAUUUACUUUAAGGAAGCGCUAACUUGUAACACAAGUUUACAGUUUACAGAGGCGAGCUCUUCUCUUCCUGCCCCAGUGCGAUAUGACUUCCAGAUUGAGAAGAUUAACAAGAAAAUAAGAAACUCAUGGGAGGAUUUCACAGAUUUGGUGGAGCAAAUGCAAAUGCUUGAUGAGUUUAAAGAUCCCAAGGACCCCAUUGCCAUAGAGAGGCUUAACCUGAUGAACAUGGCCAAGCUGAGCAUCAAGGGCUUGAUUGAGUCUGCACUGAACCUGGGCCGCACACUGGACUCUGACUAUGCCCCACUGCAGCAGUUUUUUGUCGUCAUGGAGCACUGUCUGAAACACGGACUUAAAAGUAAGAAGACGUUCCUUGGCCAGAAUAAGUCUUUUUGGGGUCCUCUGGAACUUGUAGAAAAGUUGACUCCAGAAGCUGGUGAGAUCACAGCCAGCGUCAAAGACCUUCCUGGGCUCAAAACCCCAUUAGGAAGAGGCAGAGCAUGGCUUCGUCUGGCCUUAAUGCAGAAAAAGCUCUCAGACUACAUGAAGACCAUCAUCAACCGAAAGGACCUACUAAGUGAAUUCUAUGAGCCCAAUGCUCUUAUGAUGGAGGAGGAAGGAGCUGUGAUCGCUGGGCUGUUGGUGGGCCUGAAUGUCAUUGAUGCUAACUUGUGUAUGAAAGGGGAAGAUUUAGACUCACAGGUUGGAGUCAUAGAUUUUUCCAUGUAUCUAAAAGAUAGCACGCACAGCAGCAAAAGCACAGAAGGUGAUGGACAGAUCACAGCUAUUCUUGACCAGAAGAAUUACGUUGAGGAACUGAACAGACAUUUAAGUGCGUCAGUGAAUAACUUGCAAGCCAAAGUGGAUGCACUGGAAAAAUCCAACACAAAACUUACAGAGGAGCUUGCUGUGGCAAACAACAGGAUCAUCACUCUGCAGGAGGAUCUGGAAAGGGUGAAGGAGGAAAGCUCUUACUUUGUGGAGUCUAGUCGCAAGGCAUCAGGGGCAGAUGGUACCGCAAACGGUCAAGUGCUUGGAGAAACACGCAAACAGCUCAAAGAGGAAACUCAGCUCAGACUGGAUGUCGAGAAGGAGUUGGAGGUGCAGAUAGGGAUGAAGCAAGAGAUAGAGCUGUCCAUGAAGAUGCUAGAGAAGGACAUCUGUGAAAAACAUGAUGCUUUGGUGGAGCUCAGACAGCAGCUAGAUGAAAUGCGUACACUCAACCAUGAGCUCUCCAUUAAGUCACAGGGCUCAGAGGCCGGUGCAAAACAGAAAAAUGACAUCAUCAGCCGGUUGGAGGAGAAAACAAACCAGAUGGGGAGCAUUAUUAAACAGCUGGAGAGCAGAUGUAAGAAGGCGGAACGAGAGCGGGACCUGGCUGACGAGGCCAAUCGACUCUUCAAGCAGGAGUUUGGAGACAAGAUUGAGAGUCUGCAGGAAGAGGUGGAGCAGUUACGCAGACAGCGAUGGCUUUUGGAACAAGAGCUCCGGAAAUGGCGCGAGAACCCUGGAGGCCACAUACCUGAAGCUCUGUUAGGAAAAACCCCACCUCAGAGAGACAUGAGACAGCAUGUGGAGGACAUCAGAAGGGAGUUAGAGUCUGUUAAAAAAGAAAAUGAUACAUUGCGUUGUGCAUUUGAGGAAAAGUCAAGUCCGAGUUCCAGUUUGACGCUGUCACAUGAAGAUAAACAGGACCAGUCUCUUUGUAAAGUCACUGACCCUAUCAUCUGCCCGAUGUGUGAAAACCAAGACUCUCUGACUACACCCAAGAGGCAAUGUAAGAACUGCAGUGGUGUGUUCUGUGAGAACUGCAUGGCCAAUGAACUUCCUCUGCCCUCCUCCAUCAACCCUGAACUUGUGUGUGACGUUUGCUACUCACAGUUACUGCAGCAGUACUCGUCCUCUCCUUCCUGAGGGAGCACAGAUUAUUCUGGCAGUAGUUGAAUGGGUAAUCCAUGACAAAUGACAUAUCACAUUCUAAAUCAUCAAUCAGUACCAGCUAUCUCAGUUAAACAACAUAUCCCUUAAUUUGUUUGUGUACAACAUUUGCCAAAAAGGGAUUCAUUUUACAAGCUCUUGUGUGAAAUGCUUUAAAGAUUUUCUAAUUCUUUAGGAUUAAGUAAAGCUGUCCACCAAGUGGAUUCAUGUGGUUCUAGUACUUAAAUUGUCUCCAUGUCAUUCAUGAUUGCAAGCAGGAUAUACCAUAACACAAUAGUGAUGUAUUAAUAGAACGAAUCAGGAGAUGAUGGAUUGUAGAUAGUGUCAGCUUUUUGAAAACUAUGGCACUAAACAAUGCACAUGAACUAUCAUUUUAAACUUUGAGUCCAAAACUCAUCAGUUGUCUAAGAUACCAUUCAAACAAACCACAUAUUAUGGAGCAAGACCAUAAUUGAAAUUGAAUUAAAAUGAUGUAAAGAGAUUAAAAGGUAGUUUUAUGCCUGUGUAAUAAUGCAUUUUAUUCUUUAUAGCUGAACAAUAAAAUUUUAUUAUAGCUUGGA